CUGGCUAGGCGAGGCCGACGGAGUUGGGGGGAUGCUGGUGGAGGAGAGAGAGAGCGAGCGUGGCUGGGGGUUGUGAGGAGACGCGCGGCGCGGAGGCGGACGGUGGGCGGGCGCUGAGGUGACCGGGAUGGUGGAAGACUGACGCAUGACGCAGUUCAAAAACGAAAAAGAAAGUGUGUAUGGUGGGGGAGGAGCUCUUGCACAAAAAAACAAAGUUAAAAAGAAAAAUCUAGCUAUAGAAUAGAAGAUAUUUGCAAUUCUAUAACAAAGGACUUGUAUCCAGGAUAUUUUGUUUUAAAUUUUUCUACGAAUCAAAAAGAAAAGGACAGAAGGAGAAAAAGCAACCCAAUAGAAAAUGAGCAAAGGAUAAGAAAAAGCAAAUAAGAGAAGAAGAGGCCUGCAUAGCCCAUGAACAUGAAAAGAUACAGCUUUCCCCAUCACUUUACAUCUAUAUAUUGGUUUGUGCCUUAUCACCAGUAGAUCAAGGAGAAGGGUUAAACACUUUAAGAUGAGAAACAUUGAUGUUUGUUUGAGCUCUGAAGGGACUGAAGUGAUUUUAGCUACAUCAAGUGAUGAAAAACACCCACCUGAAAAUAUAAUUGAUGGAAAUCCAGAAACAUUUUGGACUACCACGGGAAUGUUUCCCCAAGAGUUCAUUAUUUGUUUUCACAAACAUGUAAGGAUUGAAAGGCUUUUAAUCCAGAGUUACUUUGUGCGGACCUUGAGGAUUGAAAAGAGCACUUCUAAAGAGCCAGUUGAUUUUGAGCAGUGGAUUGAAAGAGAUCUGGUACAUACAGAGGGGCAGCUUCAAAAUGAAGAAAUUAUGGGGACAUCUUAUGCCUGUUCCUGCUACCACAAUGUUCACCUUUUUAAUUAUUUUCUAAAAUUAAAUUUCAAGGAAUGGAAUUACUGGGUCCAUGGGUAUAGACAUAUUUAUAACUUCUUAUAUAUACUGCCAAAUUGCUUUUCAGAGACAUUUUUUUACAUUUUUAUAUAAAUGUAAAAGUAUAGUAAUAUUCAGGGUAGUGUAUUCUGAGGCAUCAUCCAACAAAUGAUAUCUCUUAAUUAUGAAAAAUACUUCAGAAAAACACUUUAAAAAAAUUAAUCAGGGCUUCCCUGGUGGCAUAGUGGUUAAGAAUCCACCUGCCAGUGCAGGGGACACAGGUUCGAGCCCUGAUCUGGGAAGAUCCCACAUGCCACGGAGCAACUAAGCCCGUGUGCCACAAUUAUUGAGCCUGCACUCUAGAGCCCGCGAGCCACAACUACUGAGCCCUUGUGCCACAGCUACUGAAGCCCGUGCGCCUAGAGCCCGUGUUCCGCAACAAGAGAAACCACCGCAAUGAGAAGCCUGCGCACUGCAACAAAGAGUAGCCCCCACUCGCCGCAACUAGAGAAAGCCCAUGCGCAGCAACAAAGACCCAAAGCAGCCAAAAAUAAAUAAAUAAAAUAAAUUAAUUUUAAAAAAUUAAUCAGAAUUGUACAGUGCAAUUUUUAGCUCCACCUGAUGUUCUUCCUCAAACCAAGGCUGAUAUUUGGCUGCUACAUAUCAGAAUAACUGUACCGUUACAUGUGGCUGGCUUCUCUUCUGAACAUUAUAUCUUAUAAAUCAUUAUAUAUUUAGAAUAUUAUUCUUGCAUCAAACACUUUCUUCUGCUAACUGCUUGUUUAACAGUUAACUAGAAUUCUAAAUCAUCUGUAUUGAUU